AGAUCAAAUUCCAAUAAUUUACAUUGUGUUUGGUUCAGUGUAUUAGGUAAUCCAUUACUGACCGAUUACGCGCCUAUUACAUUACGCCCCUAUUCCGGCGUUUGGUUCGCUGUAAUAGGUAUUACGCGCGUAAUACAAUCCCGACCUAAUCCCUAAAUUCCCCGCUUUUCUAAUCCCUUCCGAAAUCGAGUAUUACACAUUACGUCCGGCUUCCCUCCCCAACUCUCUGUUUUACCCUCCCUCCCUACCCGACCCUCUCCUCUUCUGUCCUCAUAAUUUCUCCUCCCAUUUCCCACUGCUUUCGUUGAUGAUUCUGUCCUCAUCGUUUCUUCUCUCGGUCUCGGCGUUUGGUUUUUGAGGUUUCUUGUUCCAACACUUCUUCAUCGUAGUCGUCCCCGAUUUGCUCAUUACAGGUUCUUUGUUCCAACACUUCUACAUCGCAGUCGUCCCCGAUUUGCUCAUUACAGAUCAUUAUGUCAGGUGUUCCAGGAUCAAAUGUUUCUUCUCAAGCUUCUCGAGGAAGCAAGAAAAAAUGGGUUCCGGAAGAAGAUGCAGCAUUAGUUUCCUGCAUGGUGGACCUGCACAAUGUUGGAACAUUUAAUGCUGAUACCGAGUUCAAAGCCGGUUAUUUGAACGAGUUGGAAAGAAUGCUACAAAAGGUUUUACCAAAUGCAAUGUUGAAGGCGAAACAUAAUAUUGAAUCAAGGAUUAGGUUAUUAAAAAGGGAGUGGUCAAUCGUCUAUGACAUGCUUAAUGGCCAAAACAAUAGCGGUUUUGGUUGGGACGAGCAUAGGCAGCUCGUUGUUGCUGAAGAUGCGGUUUGGGAGUCCUAUGUAAAGAGUCACAGAGAAGCCGCUCAAUUCAGAUAUCGUACUUUCCCUUACUACGACCAGCUUACUACCAUAUACGCAAGAGAUCGAGCAACUGGGAAAGAUGCUCAAACAGCUGCUGAUGUUCUUGAAGAAAUAAAUGCUGAGGAUGUUCGUACUACAGCUAUGGAUGAAGAAAGAAACUCAUUCUAUGACUGCGAAGCUGACAUCCCUUUGGAUGAUAUGGAUGUUUCUGCUGUGGAGCCGCAACGAGAUAGAGACCAAGGGGGUUCCUCAUCUUCAAACAAGAGAAAGAAGAAAUCUGAUGCUCGUGAUAUGUCUUCUUCAUUUGAUGAGGCUACCACUUUAUUGGCAGAAAACAUCAAGGCCGUUGGCGAUCAAAUCAGUAGGAGUAUUGCCUCCGAGGUGGUAGUUCAAUGA